AUGGAUGAAAUUGAGAAAAAUGAUGAGAGUGAUUCGACAACUGAAGAAUGUGAAUCAUUUCAUGAUUUUGAUUAUUCCUUAGAAGAAGCUGACAUGAAUUUUGAUAAAUCCAUCAACUCUACUGUAGAUGGCACUCAAGAAGAUGACUUCGCUACAUCAAAUGAGGAAUUGGUGAGUUUACAUGUAGAUUCUGACGAUGAAAAUCAUAAAAGAUCCAUUGUUUUCAAUCCAACUAGGGAUUUGGAGGAUUCAAAAUUUAAGUUUGCACUUCAUAUGGUUUUCAGUAAUAGCAAAGAAUUCAAAUGGGCAAUUGAGGUGCAUGUUGUGAUCCAAAAAAAGGAUAUCAGAUUUAAAAAGAAUGAAAGUACAAGGUCUAGGGCAACUUGUAAGGUGUGAAGCUGCAAAUGAUUCAUAUUCGCAUCAAAGGCUAAUCAAGAUGAGUCUUUCAUAAUUAAGAUAAUAGGUCCUUACCAUUGCUGUGACAAUCAAAGAGAUAACAAGACUAUUGACUCUGGAUUUUUAGCUAAGAAGUAUGUGGAAGAGUUUAGAAUUAAUCCAAAUUGGGGAGUGAAAGAAUUUCAAGCUCAUGUGAUGAGGUCUCUUAAUUGUACCAUUUCACGAAAUCAAGCUUUUAUGGCAAAAAGUAAGGCAUUAUAUCUAAUUACAGGGAGUAAAGAAGAGCAAUUUGAGAUGUUGUGGAAUUAUUGUGCUGAGCUGAGGAGGAGUAAUCCAGGGACUACAUGUAUUUUAAAGUUGGGACAAAAAUUCAAAGACAAUGGUCAAUGGUAGAAAGAGAUUUUUAAGACUCUAUGUGUGUUUUGUAUCUUGUAAACAUGGGUUUUUAGCCGGUUGUCGACCCAUAAUAGGAAUAGAUGGAUGCCAUUUGAAAGGGAACCAACAGGGGUGGCAACUAUUGACAGCAGUAGGCAUUGAUGGAAACGACAACAUGUAUCCUAUUGCAUUCACAAUAAUGGAAGGUGAACUAAAGAAACUAUGGAGUUGGUUUCUUACACUUCUUGACGAGGAUCUAGGCAUUUCACAAAAUCCUUUUGCUUGGA